AUCAAUUGAAUCAAAGAAAUCCGAUAGAUAAUUUUCAGAAUGUCGCGAUUCUUAUUAACAAACAUUUUCUUCUUGGCACUUGUUGUCACCUGCGUUUACGCUGAUGGGGGAUGUACUGAAGAAUGUGGAGAAAAUGAACAGUGUAAUACAUGUGGGAAUUUAUGUGAAUUGAACUGUUCUGAUUUAACCAGAGUAAUUUGUCCUGCUAUUUGUAAUCCACCAGCGUGUGCAUGUAAGGACGGAUUCGCCAGAGACAAUUACAGUGGCAAAUGCAUCAACAAGCUCCAAUGCCCUAUGCAUUAAAUGAAAAAUAUAUUUAAAUAUUUCAUUUAUCAUCGUAGAAAAUCAAUUAGCUUAAAUUAAAAUAAUUUGUACUUCUCCAGAUUUGUUACAAUACAGUUUAAACUGUGUAAACAUUUAAGCAACUAAAAUAAAGUUGUUUUGCUCAAAAAUCUAUG